AUGAGUUCCAUUGGACAAACCAUGUUAAUGGCAAUAACAGUUACUGUAAACAAGUAUGCAUCUUCCAAUAUACAAGCAGUUCAUAACAGAAAACAACCAAGCCAAACCUUAACCAGCACCAACAUAGGAUUUGGAAGGAGAGGACUUGUCUUAUCAACUGUUGUUGCGGCAACUCAAAUCCCUGAGUCAAGAACUCAGCUUCUUCAAAAAUAUUUGAAGAAAUCAGAGGAAAACAAGGAGAAAAAUGACAAAGAGAGAGUGGAUAGUUAUUACAAACGUAACUACAAGGAUUAUUUUGAAUUCAUAGAAGGGAGUUUGAAAGGAAAAGAUGGGGAAAUUUCUGAAGCACAAAAGGGUAUUCUUGAUUGGCUUGAAGCUAACAAGUGA